AUGGCGGAAACGGAGCGGCGCUGAGCUCCUCUCUCUCUCUCUCUUUCUCUCUAGGACUUUUAUUUCUUUUAUUUUCCGCAGCCGCACCGCUCGUCUCCCUUCUUUUCCCUCUCUUUUUGUUCUCUCUCUCUCUCCCUCCUCUGUUCUUUCCCCCCACGGCGCGAUGGGUAACGAGGCGAGCCUGGAGGGAGAGGGCGAGGCUCCGGGCUCCGUUUCAGCAGCGCCGGGCGCUGGACAGUUCAACAAGCCGAGCAACGGUGCACCGGGCGGGGGGCCGGCCCCAGGAGCUGCCCCAGGACCCAACAGUAUCCAUGGCAAGCCCAAUCAGACAGACCCCAGCAUGGGGCCCAAGCCAGGGGGGCCUGGGGGUCCGGGAGGAGCGGGGCCAGGGCCCGGAGCCCCCCAGCAGCCCCCGGGUUCCGCUCAGGGCCACGUGGCCCGGAAGAACCUGCAGGUGGACGUGGGCAGCAGUAAAAGUGGGCGUUCUCCGUCAGCGUCGCCGGACAGAAGCAGCGCCCCUCCCUCGCCCUACGCCCUGCCGCAGAUCGCCCCCAUGCCCAGCAGCAAGCUCUGCCCCGUCUGCAAAACGGCCGAUCUGACGGGCAGCACGGACGGGCAGCCCAACUCCAACACCUGCACCCAGUGCCGAUCUACCGUGUGUAACCAGUGCGGAUUCAACCCCAACCCGCACCUCACUGAGGUGCAAGAGUGGUUGUGUCUGAACUGUCAGAUGCAGCGAGCGUUGGGGAUGGACAUGGACACUCCUCGCUCUAAAAGUCAACAGCAGAUCCAUUCUCCAUCCCAACCCAGCAAGCCCCAACCCCAAACAGCCCCCCAAACUCCCACCUUGGCUCAACCUCCUCCUCCCACCAUGGCCCAACCUCCUCCUCCAUCUCAAACAUCUCAAACCCAACCAAAACCUCAACCUCAACCUGCCCAGGAUCUUCAAAAACAACCCGGUCCAGAUCCUUCAAAGACAGCUCCUCAGAGUAAACCUCCGGCACCAGGCGCUGUACCCCUGCCAGGACUGGCCAAAGCUCCAUCCCAACCGGAUUUAUCCCGUUCUGGGCCUGGAGCGCAGCCCCAAACCCGAAGCGCCGGAAGUUCCCCGUCCCGGCAGCCUCCACCUCCGGAGCAACCUUUCGGGAAGCUCUUCGGCUUUGGUGCGUCGCUGUUGAACCAGGCCAGCAGUUUAAUAUCAGUGGAGCCCACUCAAGCCCCCGCCCAGGCCCCAGCCCAGGCUCAACCGUCUCCAGCCAAGACGCCCCAAAAACAGCCAGGAGGACCGCCAGUGGCCCCCAAACCCGGACCCCAGGCCACGCCCACCCAGCAGCAGAAGAGCAGGCAGAAAGUCACCUGCCCUCUCUGUCAGACUGAGCUAAACGUGGGGGUCCCUGCGGAGCCCCCCAAUUAUAACCACUGCACCCAGUGCCACGCCCAGGUGUGCAACAUGUGCGGAUUCAACCCCACACCCCACCUGACUGAGAAGAAAGAAUGGCUCUGCCUGACAUGCCAGACAAAGAGAGCCAUGUCAGGGGACUUGGGGGGUGGUCCAUCUCCAGCUCCUCAGCCAGUGGGAUCUCCCCGGGCAAUGGGUCCAGCCAGUCAACAGCCACCACAGCAGAGAGGACCCAGUCAACAAGUGGGGGUGAGGCCUACAGGCCCUCAGCAGCAAAAAGCACCUGGUGCCCAAGUAAGUGGUCCUCUCCCUCCUACCAAACAGGGGCCACCACAGGGCAAAGGUUCCACUCAACCAUCUCCUGCCAAGACAGCCCCUACCCAUCCUGCAAGCAAGACUGAAAUUCGAAAACAAGAGCAAAGUGUUAGCAAGAAACAAGCGAUGUCCAAAACUGAGAAAGAGGGGGAUGUAAAAGCAUCCCCUAAAAAAGGAACACAGGAUGUAAAAGACCAGAAGAAAAGUAGUGACAUGCAGAAAUCUAAACACCACGACGAUUCCAACAAGUCUAGUACACAGAGUCUGAGCGAUACAGGCUAUUCAUCUGAUGGCAUAUCCAGCUCCCACAGUGAGAUCACUGGACUUAUCCAUGAAGAGGGAGUUAAACUCAGCGAGAGAGGCAUCUCUGAUCAGCGCAGCCCACCUAGCCCCUCUGAAAUCACAAAGCUAGAGAGUUCCAUGCGUCCCUUGUUGGAGUCACAGACGGCCUCUGAUCAAGGUCGGGUUAGAGAUUCUCAUGGUGCAGCAGACACUGGUGAUCAGCAAAGACCUCAGACACUGUCCAUAUCACAAGACCAGUUUGAUUCUGACGGAGAAAUCUCGGAUGACCUUAGCUGCAAGUUACGUCAUGACUAUGUGGAGGACAGCAGUGAAAGUGGCCUUUCUCCCCUGCCAACCAGACAGAAGAAGAUGCAGAAGGAGCUAACAGAUGAGGAGUUCAUGAGGAGGCAGAUCUUAGAGAUGAGUGCAGAUGAGGAGGAUAUGGUAGAAGCCGAAGGACAUGUUAGGAUGAAAAAGAGCCAUAAACACAGUGGAGAUCUAGGAAAAGAGAGACGACGCCUUACACAGCAAUCUAGCAGUUUUGAGGAGGACACUAAAGGCAGUGAUGGUGCAUACAAGUCCAGUGAUGGGGAUGAAAUGAUGGGUUCACAAGGAGGCCUAAGACGAUUCAAGACUAUAGAACUGAAUAAUACUAAUAGCUAUAGUCGUGACAUGGAACUUAGCACAGAGCAUGACCUCAGAGAGCCAGAACUUGAGAUGGAAAGCCUGACUGGAUCACCUGAAGAGAGGUCUAGAGGGGAGUACUCUUCAACUCUUCCUGCUACCACACCAAGCUAUACAUCUGGCACCUCUCCCACAUCUGUAUCAUCACUGGAGGAUGAUAGUGAUAGUAGUCCUAGCAGAAGGCAAAGGCUUGAAGAGGCUAAGCAGCAAAGGAAAGCGAGACAUCGAUCCCAUGGCCCACUCUUACCAACAAUUGAGGACUCCUCUGAAGAAGAUGAACUGAGAGAAGAGGAAGAACUCCUAAGAGAACAAGAGAAGAUGAGAGACUUGGAACAGCAGAGGAUACGUAGCACAGCCAGGAAAACAAAAAGGGACAAGGAGGAACUGAGAGCACAGAGGCGCAGAGAGAGGUCAAAGACUCCCCCCAGCAACCUGUCACCUAUUGAGGAUGCUUCACCAACAGAAGAGCUACGACAAGCAGCUGAAAUGGAAGAACUUCACAGAUCUUCCUGCUCAGAAUACUCCCCCUCUAUGGACUCAGAGGCAGAAGGGUUUGAAAUGAGCUCAAAACUGUACAAGUCUGGCAGUGAAUACAAUCUGCCAACUUUCAUGUCUCUGUACUCGCCUACAGAAAAAACCUCUGCUGCUUCAUCUACUGUAGAUAAAUCACUAAAAAGUGCUGAGGAAGUUUAUGAGGAAAUGAUGAGGAAGGCAGAGUUGAUGCAAAAGCAGCAGCAACAUCCAGGGAGACAAGGACAGCAAGGGCCCCCACAUUUAGCAAAUAAUCAGCACUUAGGUACAGGGUCAGCAUCUCUGAGUCCAGGCACAAGUCCCACACAGGUUGCAGCCCCUGUCUCAUUUUCGGAAAGAGGCACUAGUGGAAGGGGACAAAACCAGGCCAGGAUGACUACACAAACUUCCAAGAUGGGUCCUGCACAUCCAGGUGUUCAGUCUCAGCCACAAGUGCGACAGCCUGCCACUGGACAGUCACAAGGAAGACCUUCCCAGGGACAGCCACCUGACUCUGGUUCAACUUCACUAACAUCUAAGGUGUUCUCAUAUUUCAAGAGUCCCAGUCCUCCAACGUCCCCGUCUACCUCUCCCACACAAAGUCCCACUCAUAUCCGUGCUCCUGGUCCCACAUCUUUACCUACCGCUCAAGGAUCCCACAUUUCUCAACGUACUGCAGUGCCACGACUUGCAAGACAGCAGUCUUCUCAAGAUUCCCCUGUCAUGGUUAUAACACUAGCAGGCACCACUAGUCAACCCACCAAACCAGUAACUGUAAAUUCUUCCACAUCCCCUCUGUCUUCCCCAACAAGUAAUCGGCAACAGCCAAUUUACCAGGCCCAGACUCCAACAAGCUCAAAUACUUCCCCACAGAAGUCACAACAAAGUCUUCAGAGAGCACAGACUGCUGAGAGAGCCACUGUUGGUGGAAGCACUGCCACUGCAAGCUCCCAAAGCCAUAAAUCACCCCCUGUUGAAAGCAUAUCUUUGUGUAAAAUCUCUACUGUUCCAGGCACCUCUAGGGUUAUUGAGCAAGGGACAAUGACCCAAAGUGGUAAUGUAGUUGAUCUUAGAGCACCAAUGAAGCCUACUCCAAUCAUUAUGACAGACCAGGGUAUGGAUCUGACGUCUUUGGCAUCUGACACACGAAGGUACUCACUUGAAGCAGACCAACCACCAAGUCGUCACACAGCAGUACAACCUUUGAUCAUGAACCUAAAUGCACAGGCGCAACCUCAUGUGACAACAUCAACACCAACAACAGUAAGUGUUACUGUUGCAGCAUCUAUGUUCAUAUCACAGCCUAAGCACCCAGUGGUUUAUGGAGACCCACUGCAAAAUCGAGUUGACCUUGGUCAAGGAGUAGGGUCAGCCGUUUGCCUUACUCAAUCCAGACCACCUGUAACAGACCCAUCUAUUCCAAAGAUAGAUGCGUGUCUGGAAGAUUUGGGUAUCCAACAGCAACAGCUUCAAAAGCAACAACAGAAGCUUCAAGAGCAACAACAACUCCUUGAACAACAGCUCCAACAACACCAACAAAAUGUAGCUUCUUUUGCUCGUUACAACUUAGCAAAUCAAGUCCAACCAAUACUGUUAAAGAAAGACUUAGUAGUAAGCCAGACCAGUGGUGGAAGCACUCAAACAGUGGUUAGUGCCAUUCCAAAGGUUUCUCCUCUUCCCCCACAGCCCUCAACAGGUCCUGUAUCUCCCACGCCUACUCUUGGCCAUGACAUAUAUGGUGGGGUAGCUCUGGAACUAAAGAAUAAGCCUACUGUAGUGAACCUAUCUACAGGGAAGCCCCAUGUGAUGAUGGUGCAGUUAGAUGAGAGUAGUUCAUCCCAGGGGGCUACGGUGACCCAAAUAGUAAAAAAAGAAGAGCAACCUCCACCACCAGCCCCAGAAGUCCUGGAUCUCACUGGACAGAUCAAGUCAGAGAACCAAGUAGCCUGCUGUGAUGUUGUCAAGUUGCCUUUUGCUGGUAGCUGUUCAGGUCCUUUUAGUCAGAGAGGUAAAACAGCUACUUCAGAGCUGAAUCCUACCACUGAACCCACCCAAGCCUCUCGUCAACAGGCUCAACCAGGAAAGGAUGGUUACCAGCCAGCUAAUAUGCAAGGGACCUCAGAGGAGCAUAAAGCUUUUACCAUGCCUCCUCCUGGGCGGCUCCCGCCAUCGAUGUCGGACACAAAUCUGGCAGAAUCAGGACUUCAGUACUAUCAAAGGACAGAUCCUGGGGAUCUAGCAGUGGAUUUGAGCUCCAUGAAACAAGCAUAUGAGGCAGGAUAUCUGGGUAUGGGUGCCCAAUAUGGAUCCUACACAGAUUUGCGCCAUCAAGGAGAAAUUUCAGCUCCACCUUUACCUCUGCGUAGGUACGGUUCCAUGUCCAAUAUCAGUGGAGACUAUGGCUAUUCUUCUCGUGAAAUGGCUGGUGUUCAGGAAUCAAAUCUUGCACAGUACAGUGCCACCACUGCGAGAGAGAUUAGCAGAAUGUGUGCUGCUCUAAACUCUAUGGAUCAGUUUGGAAAUCGUUAUGCCAACAGCCCUGAACUUCUGCAGUAUGGUGCUGGAAGAGGAGGCCCUCCAGGAAGACUAGGCCUGCAGCAAGGCCUGGCCUCUAUCAGAGCCAAUCUGCUCUAUGGCCCAGAUGGAAGGCCCACUGUACAUGGUCAAGCACUUACAAAUCUCAUCAAUGCUAGACAGGCUAGCCUGCGAGCCUUAUAUCCUCCUCCAAUGAGAACUGCAGAUGGCAUGAUAUACUCUACCAUCAACACUCCCAUAGCCUCCACUUUGCCAAUAACAACCCAGCCUGCUCCUGUACUAAAUCCCAUGCUAAGAGGAGUCUACAAACCUUAUCCUCCAGGCAAUGUGACGGCUGUUCCGCUGGCUAGCCUUAGUAGAUUGCCUCAUGUGACCCCAAGGAUGCCUCUCUCUGCACAGGGACCUUAUAGAUAUCUUCCUCCCAACCGUUUUCCAACAUCUGCCCCAGAUGCUAUGCCAGGAAGCAUGCCACCCACAAGUACUUCUCAAGAAACUCCUGUCUACCUUGGCAAGCCCACAGUACCUGGCACAGUGCCAACAACUACAACAUUACCGCCUGCUCAACCCAUUACAAAUUUGCAGGUUGUACCUAGAGCUGUUGCUUCAACUAGUGUGCCAGCUCAACCAACUAUUUUAAACCAACAGACUUCUCAGAGUCAUAUUUCAGUAGAUGGUACCUCAGUCCUUCCUGCCACUCAGACUCAGAUUCCAGUGCAGCAGCAAGCACCCCAAACUCAGCCUCAAGGAUUCACUAAAGGUCAAGAUUUGUCCCUCACUCAAGCCCUAUCACUUUCUCAGACGCAGCCCCACUUAUCAGUGCCACAAUCACAGCCACAUCCAGUUGGUAGUGUGUUGCCAGAUACAGCAGUAAACACCAUCAUGACCUCAUCUACAGACAAAGAAAAGGAAAAAGAAGAUGAGCGUUUACGACAACAACAGGAACAACUCCUGCAGCUGGAGAGAGAACGCAUUGAGCUGGAGAAGCUUCGUCAAUUGCGUCUGCAUGAAGAGCUGGAGAGGGACCGCUUAGAGUUACAGAGGCACAGGGAGAAAGAACAGCUGCUUGUCCAGCGUGAAAUCCAAGAACUGCAGAGCAUCAAGCAGCAGGUUCUCCAGCAGCAGCAGGCUGAGCGUGAAACACAACUUGUAAUGCAGAGAGAGCAGCUGGCCCAGCAAAGAAUGCAGCUGGACCAAAUUCAGUCCCUGCAACAGCAACUCCAGCAGCAGCUUGAAGAGCAGAAGAGGCAGAAGACAGCUGCCGCUGAAGCAGCUGCAGCAGCGGCAGCAGCAGAGGCAGCUGCUGCUUCAGCAGCUGCUGCUGCGGCAGCCACAACAGCUCAAGGUGCCAUUCAAGGCAUAAUGGUCGGUGGUGCCCCUCAAGCCAUCUCCAUCAUCUGUGAUCAAAAUGGUAGAGUUAUUCCACAAGAUGGCCAGAGUGUGCAGUUCUUGCCUUGUGUGGAUGGGCAAAUGGUGCAAGCACUGGUGUCAACAAGGUCUAUUCCUAGCUCUGCUUCUGAAAUGUCCCUGAGGAACAGUGACGAUCAAAGUGGCCGUGCUAUGAAGAAACAGAACUCAAUGCCCCGCUUACGGGAUGGAUCUGAAGAGGAGCCUGUGAAAAGGAUUGCGGACAGCAGUGUCCAAACGGAUGAUGAAGAUGGAGAGGAUCGGUUCAUGUCACGCCGCAGAAGAACCAGACGUAUUGCUGAUUGCAGUGUCCAGACAGAUGAGGAAGACCAGGCAGAGUGGGACAGCCAGCCAGUACGACGCCGGCGCUCAAGGUACUCUAAGCACUCUGAAUCAAGUGCAGAAACGAAGACAGAUGCUUCAAAAGUGACGUCCAGCAUAGCCAUCCAGACCACUAGUGAUUCCUCAUGUCAAACUGAAACAGAUCAGCUGGGAAGAGUCUCUCCAGCCAUUCACAUCACUAUGGCUGAGACAUCCAAGGUUGAAUUGCUUCACUACAUCUCUGCCCCAGAGAGGACACAAAAGGGCGAGAGUUUGGCCUGCCAGACUGACCCAGAAGCCCAGUCGCAGGGUGUGGUUGCUCCUCAGCUCAGUGUUCCCACCACAGUCAGUCCCUACUCGACUAGUUUACAACUAGUUGGCGCCACACCAGCCAAGUUUGAAAGGAGGAAGCCAGACCCACUUGACAUUGGUCUGCAAGCCCAACAACAGAGCGACACCCGUGGACCACCCAAAUCCCCACAGGUGCUGUACUCCCCAGUGUCUCCCCUGUCCCCCCACCGCAUGCUGGAGACUACCUUCGCUUCCAGUGAGAGGCUCAACAAGGCCCAUGUUACACCCCAGCAAAAAGCCUUCACAAAUGAGUCACCCCAGAGGCAUCAGACAAUUCCAAGGCCCAUAAAGAGUGUUCAGCGCUCCAUGUCAGAUCCCAAGCCCCUUAGUCCAACUUCAGAUGAUCCAUCGAAGACCAGGUUCUCCUUGUACCAGAACCAAACCACCUCAAGCAGUCAGAUGUCUUCCCUGCAGCAGCAGAACGCUAUGAUGAAGAAGGUGAAACGGACCCUCCCCAGCCCCCCUCCAGAUGAGACACCUCUCCCUAUUGUCACCCCUGCAGUGCCGCACAUGUACAGCUCCCCAGGCAUGUCCCAAAGAGUACUGCCCCGUCCAGCACAAGGUGUCACCAAAGCAGGUCUUCUGAGUGACCUGAAAGCUGUUGAACAGGAGUCCUCAAAGCUGCGUAAGCAGCAGGCAGAACUGGAGGAAGAGGAGAAGGAGAUUGAUGCUAAGCUACGCUGUCUGGAACUGGGGAUUACCCAGCGUAAGGAAACAAUGGUGAAAGAGCGAGAGAGGAGAGAGCUGGCCUACUUGCGUAGCAUGGGGGAUGCACGGGACUACAUGUCAGACAGUGAACUGAACAACCUCAGGCUGGCUGCGGUAGCAACUGGGACUUAUGAUGGGAAUGCAAUUUUGACGCGACCGAGCACAGCCCCUCUCAACCAAUAUACUUCUGACCUCAAUGCAGCUUCUCAGUACUUGCCCACUUCCUCAUAUCUUCCGUAUCCAUAUCCACAGAGCCAGCCUACACCAACGCAACCCCCAACUGCAGCAUAUCAGCAGAUUGGAUUUCAGCCACCACAGUAUCCAGCCCCAUCACAGCCCCAACCUGGAACUUUCCAGCCUCACCCACCCCAACCCUCAUCUUACCAGACUCAAGGGGCCUUUCAGAGUCAUGGUUACACCCAGUCAUCAUAUCAAACUGAUAUAGGCCUGCAGCAAACCAGCCAUCAGGGCUUCCAGCCUGCGGCAGGACCUUUGCCUGGACAGACCUUACCAUACCCAAGCCCAAACCUGACCUUCCAGCCCCAGUCUGAUAUUCUUUCUGUUCAUCAGAUGCCACGACAGACAUCGUUAGCUGAUCUUGAGCAGAAGCUGCCAACCAACUAUGAGAUAAUCAGUAAUCCUGCUGUGUCAGUAGCCACCUCGGCUCAGGAGACUGGAUUCAGUGGUGCGUAUUCCUCACCCUUGACAAAUGCUUAUGGUCCAUAUCGCACCCCUGACCAGACACUGACAGAUCGCAUACCAAGUCCUACAUCUGGGUAUGGCACAGAGGGCCUCUAUGCCACAAACCUGGAACAAAAUAUUCCCAGAAAUUAUGUCAUGAUAGAUGAUAUCAGUGAACUGACAAAGGAGAACAUGGGAUCUUCUGAUAUGUCAAGAACAGGGUAUGGGAGUGAGAAUGGUCCACGGGGGACAGGCUAUGGGGAUAGAUCUGAGGAUCCAUAUGGAAGAUCAACAGACAGUGCGGGUUACCAUCAGCAGGGUGCAGUAGACAGCCAUGGCCGUCCUAGUACAACUGUAAGUGGUGGAUCUUCCUAUUACUAUGAUGACUAUAAGCAUGGAUCCCGCAGCAGUUCGGGAAUGGGUAGCCAGAAGCAUUCAUCCAAGAACUUGGCACCAGCUGUUGUGUCUUCCAAGCGUAGCAAACACAGGAAGCAAGGCAUAGAACAGAAGAUUUCAAAAUUCUCCCCUAUAGAAGAGGCACGGGAUGUAGAGUCAGAUCUGGCUUCCUACACAAUGACGACAUCAACAGGUGGAAGCUGUACCGUGGUGACCAGAACAGGAGUGAAGAAGAACGUCUAUGAUCAACAGAAGCACUAUGGCUCAAGAGAUCGUCUGGAUGAGGACGAUCGUCUGUACAGCUCUGGAAGGUCGAGGUCCACAGGCUAUGGCAUGGACAAGAUCUCUUCCAGAGACUCAGGAGGUUACAGAAGUAAGUCCUAUGAGAGAGACGCCAUGGAACGAUCCCAGAGGGGUACUCACGGCCGUAGCGGACGCCCCUCCAUGCGUGCUCAAAACUCUGAGGAAGAGAGUCCACUCAGCCCAGUAGGAAAGCCUGUGGGAAUGGGACGGGGUACAGACCCACAUGAUGUGAGAAAUCAGUAUGGCUCCAGCCAUUCCCUGCCAGAUGUGCAGGAUCAUCACAUAAGAGACAUGCCGAAGAGCCAUGUCUACAAGCCAGAUGACCCGUACCUAGUGGAUGAUAUGCAGUGUGCUGUUUCUGACAGUGAAGCCUAUCAUUUGGGUCAGGAGGAGACAGACUGGUUUGAAAAGCCACGAGAAGCUCGUUCUGAUAGAUCCAGGCACCAUGGAAGUGGAGCCCACUCUUCUUCAGGUAAGAGAAGCCACGUCAAGCACACCUACCACGAUUAUGACGAGCCCCCUGAAGAAGACCUGUGGCCACAAGAUGAAUACGGCCACCAGCACCAAUCCUCUUCCACCUCUCCCCGAGAGCACCGACAUCAUGGUAGCAGCUCAGGACGUCACUCCUCAUCUAGGCAUUCUUCUGAAGAUCCUAGAUCCUCCCGUUCUUCCCGAUCACAUCCAAAGGACCCUUCUAGUCGUUCAGAAGGACGUGGCACUUCUUCCUCUUCCCAGAAAAGAUCCUCAGAUCCCCGAACUUCACAGUCGGGCUACCGGGAUUCAGGCGACUACUCCCGUGACCCUGCAUCUGGACACCACCACACGUCCAGUGGCCAACGGGGGCAAAGACAGUCAGGCUCAUCCAGGCGGCAAGAAUCUCCUGGAUCCAGGCAACAGCAGCAGCAACAGCAGGGUCCUGGAGGUCAACAGCAACCACCACAGCAAGGGCAGCAGCGAUCCACAGCACAACCCACAACUGGCAGGCAACCUGGAUCCCAGCAGCCUGAAGCUGGGCAGGCCAGCCAACAGCCUCGCACCCAACAGCAGCAGUCACAACAACAGCCCGGACAGCAGCCAGCGAUUACAGCAGGCACAACUCAGCCCAUGUCCACAGCCACGACUGCUGGUGCUGGAGCUGGGGCUGCUCAGCAGCAAGCUAAGCCAGGUCAGGCUUCAGCACCAGGCAGACAGCAGGCUGCAGGACCAACUGCAGCUCAGCCAGCUGCUACUGGGGUGAAGAUGGAUACUCCUCCUGCCACUGCUGCGCCAACUCCUGCAGUUGCUAUCGGAUCAAAAGCUGCAGCCCAGCCUGCCAAAGGCCCUACGAUUCCAGCCACAGGCAUCGGGUCAAAAGCGGCCCCCAGGCCGGGAGGCAUAGGCAGCGCAGCCCAGCCGGGACAGCAACCCGCUGAGGGAGAAAACGUUCUUACCAAGAUCCUGCAGGGUGGCGCCGCAGAGCAAGCAGGAAAACUGGGAGACGCUGUAUCCGCUCUCGGGAAGAAGUUUACGUCGUUUUGGUGAGCUGCUAACUGGAGGGGUUUGGGGUGACUGAGG